CCCUGAGGAAUCCCAGAAGGCUCCAAAAGAGGACCAGCAGCUCUGCAGCUCUGUUCUCAACCACCAGAGGGUUUGUGGAAGCGCUGGACUUCAGCUCACCACGGUCAUGGAGCCUCUGCCCAGAGGCAGCUACUAUGACCCCGGUGACUACUACGACCCCAGCUACUGGCUGGGAAUGUACGAAGUGGAAUCUGUGCAGGGCGCAGCACCAGAAGCCGAAAGAGGCCACAUUCCUGAAGGAAAUCCAAGCUUUGUGGGCAACAUCAACCACGAAGGUGGCGUCAACUACGAAGGCGAUCUCAACUUUGAAAGCAACCUCAACUUUCAAGGCAACCUCAGUUUUCAAGGCGACCUCAACUUUCAAGACGACCUCAACUUUCCAGGCGACCUCAAUUUUCCAGGCGACCUCAACUUUCUAGACGACCUCGAUUUUCCAGGCGACCUCAACUUUCCAGGCGACCUCAAUUUUCCAGGCGACCUCAACUUUCCAGGCGACCCCAAUUUUCAAGGCGACCUCAACUUUCAAGGGGAUCCCAACUUUCAAGGCGACCUCAACUUUCAAGGCGACCCCAACUUUCAAGGCGACCUCAACUUUCAAGGCGACCCCAACUUUCAAGGCGACCUCAACUUUCAAGGAGACCUCAACUCUGAAGGUAACAUCAACUUUCAAAGCAACGUCAACCUUGAAAGCGACAUCCACAAUGAAGAAAACAUCAACCAUGAAGAGAUCGUGAGCUGUGAGGGCGAAGGGGACCACGAGGUCAGCGGUGGCGUCCAGGAGCUGGGGCAGCAGCAGCCCGAAGAGCUACCACAAGCAGCGGCUGCUGAGGCUCCGCAGCCCCGGAGCAGGCGAGGAGUCCAGCGCAAUAAGUUCACGCCGAUGCAGGUUCAGGAGCUGGAAAGCGUUUUCCAGCACACCCAAUACCCAGAUGUGGUCGCAAGACGGGAACUUGCAAGACGCAUGGGUGUGACUGAAACCCGAGUGCAGGUGUGGUUUAAGAACAGAAGAGCCAAGUGUAGGAGAGAUGAGAGAGCGGCAACGCUCAGAAAUGCACCACCGGCUAACCUGGACCACCUUUUCAUCUUCAUGCUGGAUGGGCCCUAGAAUGCCACCCUCGUUCAGAAGCCAAAGUGGAGAUAGGUUCUUCUUGUGUCACUGACACCCUACUCCCUAUCUCCCUUAUAGUUGCAUUAU